GGUUUCGAUGAUUUAUGACUGAAUCUCUUGGUUCUAUGGUUUCGAUGAUUCUGGUUUUUAUUCCUUUAAACAGCUUUCUUUAUGACUGAAUCCCUUGGUUCGAUGGUUUCAAUGAUUCUGGUUUUUAUUCCUUUAAACAGCUUUCUGUAAGUUAUCUUGUUUGGCUUUUAGACUUGCCUCUGCCUUCUUCAAAUGCCAUUUACUUGAUUAGUCAUCAACAUUACAUCAAAUUAGUUAGUACUUAUACUUCAAUCUAUCUGGAUUUUUAGGCAAUAAAUUGACGGAUAAGGGGCAGUGGAAUAUUAAUAGAAAACUAUGAAGAAGAAAGAUGACAAUCAAACUCAUUGAUUUUCUGAAUUAGGUACUUCUUCGCAUAUUUGUGUAAGGAAUUCUUGAAGGACUCUGCUUGGUAUAUAAUAAUUCGCAAAGUGUUGGUGUUCCAUUGCAAUCUAUGAUGGAUUCAUUUGAAGUGAAUGGUGAUCACACGGAUGAUGUGUCUGCAGAUCAGUCGCUUUCUUUUGAGUCUUCUGAUAUGACUGGUGUGCUUGGAGAGCCGGAGAUACCUCCUCGAAUUGGGAACCAGUAUCAGGUUGAAAUGCCACCUCUGACGGGAGACUGCACUUCAUAUACUAAAAUGCUAGCUGAUCAGGAGACCAGAGCUGAUAUUUCAUGGGAUUUCAUGGUGGGAUUACCCAUACCACUAGUGUGGGUCAAUCAGGAAGUUGGAAGAGUGAAAAAUGAGAAGUUGGAAAAUCUGGUUGAUUCAAUAAAUGGAGCUAAUGAUAAUGUACCCUCAGAACCUGAAAGUACCAGAUUAACCAACAUGUAUUCAAAAACCGACAAUACCACAGUAAAAGAGGAGCCAUCAGACACGAUCUUGCACAGUAAGGCGACACUAGGAGAAUCAGAAAAUCUAUCUUCUGAAAAGAAAUUACAGGAAAUAAGAGGCCAGCGAUAUUGUUUAGUCCCUGGCAUUGUGCUAGAUUUUUGGACUGGUACUGAAAAGGCAAGUUUAGUUCUAGGUCUGUACAUCUUUGAGAAGAAUUUUGUUCAUGUUAAGAGGUUUGUUGAAACUAAAAGGACUGGUGACAUCUUGGCCUUUUAUUAUGGGGAGUUUUAUGGAUCCCCUGAGUACCUUAGAUGGUCAGAAUGCCGAAAAGUGAGAAGCAGAAGGAGUGUGUGUGGACAAAAGAUGUUCACUGGAUCGAGGCAACAGGAGAUGAUGUCUCGUCUUCUUCCCCGCAUUUCAGAAGAAAACCAAAAGGCUUUAACGGAGGUCUCCAAGGCAUUUGGGGAAGGAAAGAUAUUGUUGGAAGAGUAUGUCUUCUCUUUAAAGGCUAUGGUUGGGGUAAACAUGCUCAUUGAAGCAGUUGGCAUUGGCAAAGGUAAAUAUGAUCUUACAUGCAUGACCUUGGAACCUUCAAGGUCUAAUCAUGCUGUACGCUCAGAAGUCCCAGUUGGCAAAGCGUGCUCCUCUCUUACAACUAACGAAGUGAUUAAGUUUCUAACUGGAGAUUACCGACUUAGUAAAGCUCGAUCCUCUGAUCUAUUCUGGGAAGCUGUAUGGCCACGUCUUUUAGCAAGAGGUUGGCUCUCAGAGAAGCCUAAAAACUUGAAUUAUGCUGCUAAUCCCAAGAAUGAAUUGGUUUUUCUGAUGCCUGGUAUUAAGAAGUUCUCUAGGAAAUUAGUCAAAGGGAACCACUAUUUCGAUUCUGUUAGAGAUGUCUUGGGUAAAGUUGCUUCAGAUCCUACGCUUCUAGAGCUUAAGGCCGAAGGUGAAACAGAUGAAACAAAGUUAGAACAAGAUGAUCUUCCAACAAGACAACGCCCUUGUUAUCUUCAACCAAGAACUCCUAAUCGAUAUACAGAUGUUAUGAAGUUUACGGUUGUAGAUACAAGCCUCUCAGAUGGUAAACCCUAUAAAUUGAGAGAGUUGAGAAGUCUUCCAGUGGACAUCUCAAACAAAUUGGCUUCUGGAAACAAAGCUGAAGAGAGUGAAGGGGAGUCUACUGAUGAAUCAGACUCUGUUGGUACUUCUGUGGUUAAUGAAGCUGAGGCGAAUCAUAAUAAUUCCUCGAGGAUUAUCUCCAAUGGAGAAAUGCAUUCUGAUGGGAAAGGUUACAAAAUCAGUGUUUCAAGCCAGAAGUUUCAGGAAGCUUCAAAUGAGGGCAUUCUUAUAUCUGAUCCUGCUGCUUCUACUGUACCUGUGAAUGAUUCGAAGAAAACAAAAAACAUUUGUGAAGACAAGCAGACAAGAAAAGUUGUAAAAUCCCACUCGUUUAAGAGAUUGAAAGAAAACAAUGUGGACUUUGCAGCUCCCAUUGCCAAGCGGCGUAGGAGACUAACGGCGUGUAGUCAUGGAAGUGACAUGGUAAAUUCUUUGAUGGUUCCAGGACUGGAACAAGAGAUGCGCCACACCUCUAGCAGCAAUGACCUAUCCCUGAACAACAUUCCGAUAGCUUCGUCUGAGGAUAAGGUGUCAUCAAGCAACUCAUCAAAGAGCAGUCCUUCUCAAAGUGCCGAAUGUGCUUCUCUUGAUGGUCCUAAAACUAGGACAAUGAUUGACCUCAAUGAACCUCAAGUCCCACCUGAUUCAGAAUAUGAAAUUCUGAUGCCAGCAUUGACAGAAGACCAAAGUGUUAACAUGAAGAGUACUGAUGAUGUUUCUGGUGAGUUGAAGACAUUGGCACAUAAUGCUAGUAUGGAAGAGCAGCAACCUAGCUUGAACUCACGUAGGCAUGGCACUAGAAAUCGUCCUCCAACCACAAGAGUACUUGAAGCUCUGGCAAAUGGUUUCUUGACUGUGAAUACACGGCAAAAGAGUAGAGAAGGGGGUUCAAAAAGGAAGUUGACAUCCAGGAGUUCGCGACAAACCCCUGGCGAUAUGAGGGUUACUGACUUUAGCAAUAGCACAGUGGUUUCCCAAAUGGAAGAAGAUAAAGGUGCUGUGUCUACGGGGGGUGAUAGCAACAUGUUUGGAAAAAUUCAGCGUCCACCUGGGGAGGCUGGGAUGACAGUUGCAGGUCCAUAAAUAGGCAAGAUGAUUAAACAAGUGCUUCAAUGUCUUGUUACUCAUAUCUGUGCUCUUGCUUCAUGUGCCAUUGAUGUCUGUUAACAGUCCCUGAAAUGCGGGAUUUCACCAGUAAAAGAUAAAAAAAAAUCACCAGUAAAAAAUAUACAUGCAGCAGAGGAAUUGUGGAUACUGAAUAAUAGCACAAGGGAGAGAAAUAUUGUUGUUCAGAUUCAACAGAAGAGGUUUUUCAUUCGUUUGAUUGCAGUUGCAGGAAGGAGCAAAGAUUGUUCUCAGCAAAAACUUUGUUUUAGAACUAGUGAUCAUGUGCUUAGUGUUGUCUCCUUAGUUGAGAUAUUGUAGAUAUCUUAUAUUCAGUCCAUAGGCCAUUAAAACUCCCCCCCCCCCCCCCCAAUCCAUAUUUUCAGUUGUUUUUAGUAAUAAACUUACCUUUAAGACGAGUUGAACAGAGCAGCAAAGCACCUCUUUGUAAACUGCAGUGUGUGCAAGGGGCUUGGUUUGCUAGUAUAGCUAGUGCCUUACUAAUAUCCAUCUCCAACAAGUUACAUAAUGAGAUGCUUUGGUAUUUCGAUUUUUCUUUUGGAUUU